AUGCUUGAGUUACCUACUAUAUACAAGCCCAAGGUGUUUGUUGACGAUGCUUUGUUACAAUCGUUGGAUUGGAUCGAAAGUUUUCCUUGGAGUGAAGAAAACACUGUGAGAACGGACCGAGAUAAGUAUGAAAUAUGUUUACAAGUUAAACAAUAUGGACCUAAAGAAAUAUCAGUGAAAGUUGUUGAUGGGUGCAUUGUUGUUGAAGAGGGAUGUUUCAUGGACAAAAUCAAUUCCCGAUUGAGUUCUGAUGGCUUGUUAUUUAUCACUGUGCCUAGAAAACCUGUGGUCAAAAACGACACUGUAAUACCAGUUAAACAUGAAAGCUCAAAGUCUAAAAGCAAAUUGUAA